ACUCACUCUUCAGGCAGAGCAGAGUAAGACACCAACCACCAUCCACAUGGCUACCACCUUCUCCAGCGGAAGCUUCGUUUCCAGCAGGUCCUCCAUGGGCUCCUCGCGCCUCUCUUCUUCAGGUGGAGGAGGUGGCCGCAUCAGCGCCAUGAGGUCUGGCAGUGUGUAUGGAGGUGCAGGAGGCGCAGGGGUCCGCAUCUCCAGUGCAUCCCGCUCCAUGUCCGCAGCAGGAUCAGGAGGUAACUUCGGCUUUGGAGGUGGAUUUGGGUCUGCAGGUGGUGCUGGUGCAGGGUUUGGGGCUGGUGGAGGAUUUGGUGCUGCAGCAGGAGGAGGAUUCUGGGGAAUCGGUGCCUCUGGAGCAGCAGAUGACAGCAUCAUUGGCAAUGAGAAGUUCACCUUGCAGAAUCUCAACGACCGUCUGGCUUCAUACCUGGACAAGGUGCGCUCUCUUGAGAAAGCCAAUGCUGAGCUAGAGUUGAAGAUACGGGAGUUCCUGGAGAACAAAAUCUCUCCUACUGGAGCUGCACGUAACUACUCUGCCUUCGAGACUGUUGUCAGUGACCUCCAGGCUAAGAUCUUGGCCGCCAUACAGCUGAAUAACACUGUUCACCUCAGUAUUGACAACUCCAGCUUGGCUGCGGAUGACUUCAGAAUAAAAUAUGAGAAUGAGCUGAGCAUGCGUCAGUCUGUGGAAGCUGACAUCGCUGGGUUGAAGAAUGUUCUCAGUGACCUCAACAUGGGCCAAAAAGACCUCAAUCUGCAGAUCGAAGCCCUCACUGAGGAGCUGGCCUACAUGAAGGCGAAUCACCAGGAGGACCUCUCGACCUCACGCGAUCAAAUGAGUGGACAGGUCAACGUGGAGGUUGAUGCCGCACCACAGGAAGAUCUCACCAAAGUUUUAGCUGACAUACGCGAGCACUAUGAGACUGUUGUGUCCAAGAGCCAGAGGGAACUUGAAGGCUGGUUCCAGCAGAAGUCUGAGACUUUGAAACAGGAGGUUGUAGCGAGCACAGAGACCCUGCAGACUUCAAAAACCGAAGUCAACUCAGUCAAGAGCUCAGUACAGUCCCUGGAGAUUGAGCUUCAGUCUCUCCUUGCAAUGAAAUCAUCCAUGGAGGGCACUUUGAAUGAUACUCAGAAUCGCUACUCCAUGCAGCUCUCUGGCUACCAGGCACAGGUGAGUGGAAUGGAGGGUCAACUUGUGCAGCUCCGCGCUGAUCUGGAACGCCAAGGGCAAGAGUAUCAGAUGCUUCUGGACAUCAAGACCAGGCUGGAGAUGGAGAUCGCAGAGUACAGAAGACUGCUGGAUGCAGAAGCCAGCGGCAGCCUUGCAAUUUCUAGCAAAUCGGGCUCCAGCUCCACUUCCAGCUCCACCACCAGCACCACUAAAACAGCAGUGAUCACUGUUGUGGAAGAGGUGAUUGAUGGAAAGGUGGUUUCUUCCUCUUCCACGUCCCUUGUUAAGUAAAGCACACCAGAUUCAUGUCGGGUAAAGAAACAUCGCGCUCCUAACAUGCUGUCAAAAUGUGGUGGUUGUCUUUGAGCAUUUACAACAAUAAAGCUAACGUCAAAGACA